GAGAGAGAGAGAGAGAGAGAGAGAGAGAAAGAGAGAGAGAGAGAGAGAUAGACAGGGAGAAAAUCGGGAACCUUUAAAAAUAUUUAGGAGCCCUAGGUGUAGGCACAAUCCUAGACGUCUUGCAACCAUCGAGAUUGUUCCAUAUGAACCGCUUUUCGCCACCCUUUGCCGGAAGUUGUAAUGCCUAGUUUCGAUUCGUCCAGCUUGGAUGACAGAAUCGAAACUUAGAAAAGAACAAAACAGCUGAAUCGAAAAGAAUCUUGAAUAUAGUCAGAAGCGGAAGCAGAGACCAGCCAGACGCGGUUUACUGUCUAUGAUGGAGCUUUUAGAGACUGGCAACGCAAUUUCUAAUCUCAACAUCUAUGCACAGAAACGUGGUCUGAACUUAUUUUAUGAAGGCCUUGACUCCGAGGGCCCCGAUCAUAAUAAACAAUUCUCUGGGAGAUUUCUCCUAGAUGGCAAACCCUACCCAAGUGGCAUGGGAAAAAACAAAAAGGAUGCUAAGCUGAACGCAGCCCAGAAUGCUUUAAGAUGUCUUUGUGGAGACCAACAACAGGACACAGCAGAAUAUUCAGCAGAAACGUCUUCACCUGCUAGGCAAAAUGACAUUAACUACAUAUGUUGGCUCAAUCAAUACGGUCAAACAAAGAGGGUGAAGGUAGAACCAGUGGAGACGGCACGGCCUGGACUCCAUAAUCCAACUCUAUGGUGUAAGUUUAUAGUGGGUGACACUGAAUACCCAGAAGUCUCUGGAAAAUCUAGGAGAGAAGCAAAGGAGGAAGCUGCUAAGGUGGUGUACAACAUGAUAAAUACUAGUCCAUCUCCAGAGGUCAUAGAUUCCCCAGUUCAUCAAAAUCAGAUGCUCAAUAAAAACUUAAACCGUCUCAGUGUAAAGACAAAAAGCCUGAGUAUAAACUCAGAAGACAGCAACUUUACGGAGCCAAGGUUUGCUGCAAUUAUCCACAACUACUGCCAGAAAAAAAACCUCAGUCUUGAAUUUAUACUUGUAGAAAAAAGUGGACCUCCCCAUGACCCUCGAUUUUCCUACAAAUUAAAAAUUGAGACAAUGGAAUACCGUGUUGCUGAGGGUAAGAAGAUCAAGGAAGCCAAAGAGAAUGCAGCAAAGUUGGCCUGGUCUGCUCUUCAGGAGCAGUCAGACUAUGACAGCAAGGUGUCUGUCGGAUCAACAGCAUCUGAAGAUGGAGCAGCAACAGCAUCACAAUCAGAUGCACUAAACUCAAAUGAAUUAUCAUCACACAACAUGCAAACCACGUCAAGUGACUUAAUAAUAUUUGCUGAUUCCUCAAACCCUUCCAACGCCCAGAUAUCCAGAAAAACUGGAUCUGAAGAAAAUGAACCAUCACCAAUGUCACAAGAUUCUUCUGGGCCAUCACAGAGCGAGAUGACGGGCUCAUCUGAUCCUGCGGAUUCUUCAAAUCAGAAUGACGUGGAAAAACAGAAAAUCACAAAUACGAGCAACCCACCAGUGCAGUCAAGCUUCACAUCAGAUUUUGAGAUCCUUGGAUAUCUUGGUGGAGGAGGUUUCGGUCGUGUUUUUAUGGUGACGGAAAAACUGUUGGAUCUGGUUUAUGCAGUGAAGAUUGUUCCAGGAACACCAAAAGCUUUGCGAGAGGUGACGGCGUUAUCAGAACUCCAACACGAAAAUAUUGUCAGAUACUACAACUGUUGGAUGGAAGAUUCAAAAGUGCAACAAGAGAGAGUCCAAAAGAAACUAAAAGAUGUCAUAUGUGGACAGUACCUCUUCAUUAAGAUGGAAUUAUGUGACUCUGCAACCCUCAAACAAUGGAUUGGCCAGAGGAACGAGGAGGAACUACCACACUCCCAGAGAGGAGCAGACAGUCUUCCUAUUGCAUUGCAAAUAGUCGAUGGAGUUGAAUAUAUUCACUCCAACAACUUCAUUCACAGAGACCUUAAGCCUCUCAACAUAAUGUUUGGAAAAAAUGGGAAGGUGAAAAUUGGGGACUUUGGUCUCGUCACUAUUGACAAAAGUGAAAUCUUGAUCGACAGAACAGAAGGACCAGGAACCAAAAUCUACAUGGCUCCUGAACAAGAGAGUAAUACAUAUGAUCGGAAAGUGGACAUCUUUUCUCUGGGUCUGAUCUUUUUUGAACUCCUUUGGAAAAUCUCAACUGGCCACGAAAGAGCAAAGAUUUGGGAAAAUGCAAGAAACAACAAGCUUCCCAAAGAGUUUUCACAGGCUUUUCCUUUUGAGUGUCGAAUAAUCAAAUCUUUGCUGUCUGAGAACCCAGAUGAUCGACCUGAAGCAAGUCAAGUGAAGGAACAACUGGAGGAAGCAAACCAACACCUGGAUCAACACAGUGUGUGAAUGUCAAAAGAAUGAGAGUUUGGUUAGAUAGAAGGAGGAAAUACUUUAUUUUCACAUGAUCUGUGGAGAAAGUUGUCAACAUGCAGCACUUUGGAGGAAUUUUUAACUUUGCAAAAAAAAAAAAGAUUUAUGUUUCUUGCAAUAAUUA